CACCUUCAGUUUUACUCCGGCCAGCUUACCAAAUCCUUCGCGUCUUCUUCACCGAAUAGAUUCGUCGGAACUUCGCCCGCGGCCGAAGGGAACAGCCGCGCGAUUUCCUGAGAUGUGACCUCGCGAAGUGCACCCCGAACUGCCGAAGUUCCGCGAGGGAGUUUCUGCAGACCCCGUGAAGCAUGUAACAGGAGAAGCGGUCCUCUGAAGUUGCACGAAGAACAUCCAGAGGAAGUCGCUAUGAACCCGUAAACUUGCACCUGCACCAUAACUCGGUUGCAAUGUGAUAACACGAUCAAAUAACGGGAUGAAGUUAAUUCGAAACUUUUCGUUUCUACGGCUCGGUGCAAGAAAAUAGUUAUCUACGUUUUGAUAAACAUCUCAAGGAAGGUUUCGUCCUGGACCGAGGAUGUUCCUUCUCUUCAUGGUGGCAGGUCAAAAGUGAUUUAGACAUUCGAAGGUGUCGGGGAAGUGAUUUACUCCAUAAUCGAAAAUGCCACUGACCUAUAGCAUUCAUCGUGCAUACCUUGAAUCUGGUACCGAUGUGGUGAGAAGACCAGCCUGCCGUUAUCAGCACAUUGGCAACGGGUCUGAUUGCUCAGGCCGAUCAUUGGUUACUCUGGUGGUCGCUUGGAUAGGAGCAGCCAUGGUUGCCUCGGUUUUAUUAGGGUGGAAAUACGUGUGGAUCGCUAUGACAGUCCUCACCAUGCUUUUCCUGAUUGCUUGCGGUUACGCCGCUUGUACAGCUAAGAAAGUGCAGGCGAAUGCACUUUCCAGGGCUGAAAUGGAACGCAGAAGAAGACAAGUGGUGGACAUCGAGACCAUCUCCGGAGAAGUCGAUGGUCAUGUUCAGAUCAUAAGGCCACCGGAGUACCAAACUUAUUGGAUCACGGAUCUGCCACCACCAUACUCCACGAUCAUGGGAGUCUCUCCUGCAGUUGGAUUUCCUCAUCAACAACCCCCUGAAGAAGCCAACGUGGGAUCGGAUGAGCGAAGGAUUUCCAAUCCUCCGCCAUAUUCGGUCGCAGUGCAAUCAAGUCCCUUUAAUCAGCAGGUGCAACCAAUGACACAGGUUGGACAAACAGCUGACCAUCCGGAACAGUAUUCCUCCACCAUGGCGCAAACUAGUACCCAUUUGGUAGCUGGAAGUCAGUGCAGACAAAUACAUCCCGUAAAUACUCUGACGUUGAAAUUGGUGCCAUCCUUGGUGACCACGACGAAGGAAGACAAAGCUAUCGAGGCCCUUCCUGCCGAAAGAUCAGCUGAUCCUACCCAAAAUACGGUUAUUUCAGCUGGUACCAGCUACAUCACCAAUAUAAUUACCUGCACAUUUGGGAGAACCCAAAGAAGGCCUGCGGAUCAAACCAAUCAAACCAGGGAAGCUAAUGAGAGGUCACAGAAUAAUUAAAGAAAAAUAAUUAUUCUCCUUGCUAGAUGUAAACAAUCAAACUGGUACUUGUAAGGAUGCAUUGGCGAUAUUGGUUGAUUAUUCAAUCGUAAUCCCCUUUUCUCUCCUUUCGUCACGAUACGAACAUGAAAUGCUCAAUAAACCGAUUGCGUAAUUAAGUAGCGGAGGGAUGAAGCGUUUUGGAGUACAUCACAACCACCGAUAACGAAUUAGGGUAUUAUCUGUUUAUCGUACGUUAAUUAUAUUAUACUACACUGUAAAUGAGUAAAUAAUUUGUAUGUAUCUAGUCGUAUAGAGGAUACCGUGUUAAAUACAUGUGAAAGAUAUCUUGUUUUA